AUGUCUAAGACUGUCCCUAUUGACAUCCAGGGCGUUGCCGUGACCGAAAUUAGAGAAACUAAUAACUUCGAUUUUUCAUCAACAAACAAGCAGGGACAAUGUAAAGCUAUAGCCGUUUGUUGGGUUCUUGGACUAGGAACCCUAUUUGCAUGGAACAGUGUGGUCACCAUAGGGGAUUACUAUUACAUCUUGUUUCCUAAAUACCAUCCUUCACGGGUUCUUACCCUCAUUUAUCAACCAUUUGCACUUAUAGCAAUGGCAGCACUAGCUUACAAUGAAGCAAAGGUGAAUACCCAAAAGCGGAUCUUAGCUGGAUACUCUAUCUUCUUCCUUGGUACCUUGAUGCUAAUUGUUGUGGAUUUAGCUACGUCUGGUAGUGGAGGCGUUCGACCUUAUAUUGGCAUAUGUGCCAUUGUUGGUGCACUAGGGGUUGCAGGUGCCCAUGUCGAGGGUGGGAUCGUUGGCGACCUAUCUUUUAUGUGCCCUGAAUUCAUCCAGUCUUUCUUAUCUGGAUUGGCUGCAGCAGGUGCUUUAACCUCAGUCAUGAGGCUGAUAACAAAGGCGCUCUUUGAUAAAUACAACAAUGGUCUUCGCAAGGGGGCAAUGUUAUUCCUGUCGAUUUCCACAUUCAUUCAGUUGGUGUGUAUUCUUCUAUAUGCAAUUUACUUCCCUAGAUUGCCUAUAGUGAAGUACUACCGCUCAAAAGCAGCCUCGGAAGGCUCUAAAACUGUAUCAGCUGAUCUUGCAACUGCUGGCAUCCAAACAAAUGCAGACAUUGAAGUCCAAAACAAUGCUGCUCGUCUACAACGACUGAGCAAUAAGCAACUGUUCAAACAAAAUCUAGAUUAUGGACUUGGCUUGUUUUUGACAUAUGCUCUAACAUUAUCAAUAUUCCCUGGUUUCCUAUAUGAAAAUACUCAAAACCACAAGCUCGGCUCGUGGUAUCCACUUGUUCUGAUCACAGUGUACAAUGCAGUGGAUUUGGCAUCGAGGUACAUACCUCUUGUGAAAUGUCUGACGAUGGAAUCCAGAAAGGGAUUAAUGAUUGGAAUUCUAUUGCGAAUGCUGUUUGUGCCAGCAUUCUACUUCACAGCAAAAUAUGGUGACCUGGGAUGGAUGAUGAUGCUCACAUCACUCCUAGGAUUUUCGAAUGGCUACUUUACUGUAUGUGUCAUGAUAGUGGCACCCAGAGGUUACCAGGGAUCUGAGCAGAAUGCCUUGGGAAAUUUGCUUGUACUGUGGCUUUUCUUCGGCGUAUUUGCAGGGCUUUCCAUCGACUGGUUAUGGCUAGCUGAUUGGUGA